CCUAGCGGCAGGAGGAGGAAGGCGCACAGCGGGUGGAGAGAGUAGGGGUGCGCCAGGGCGAGGCAACCCCUUCCGGAGCCCGGGGAAUCCCGGCCGCCACUGGGGGCCGUGCCACCGCCCUCGCGGGACCAACGAUUUCGGCGCGUCCCCAACUUUGUGGCUCCCUCAGGCCGCGGCGACUGGGAGAGAGAUGCCUUCCAGCGGCAGAGCGCUGCUGGAUUCGCCGCUGGACAGCGGCUCCCUGACCUCCCUGGACUCUAGUGUCUUCUGCAGCGAGGGUGAAGGGGAGCCCUUGGCGCUCGGGGACUGCUUCACGGUCAACGUGGGCGGCAGCCGCUUCGUGCUCUCGCAGCAGGCGCUGUCUUGCUUCCCGCACACGCGCCUUGGCAAGCUGGCCGUGGUGGUGGCUUCCUACCGCCGCCCCGGAGCCCUGGCCGCGGUGCCCAGCCCUCUGGAGCUUUGCGACGAUGCCAACCCAGUGGACAAUGAGUACUUCUUCGACCGCAGCUCGCAGGCAUUCCGCUACGUCCUGCACUACUACCGCACGGGCCGCCUGCAUGUCAUGGAGCAGUUGUGCGCGCUCUCCUUCCUGCAGGAGAUCCAGUACUGGGGCAUCGAUGAGCUCAGCAUCGAUUCUUGCUGCAGGGACAGAUACUUCAGAAGAAAAGAGCUGAGUGAGACUUUAGACUUCAAGAAGGACACGGAAGACCAGGAAAGUCAACAUGAGAGUGAACAGGACUUCUCCCAAGGACCUUGUCCCACCGUUCGCCAGAAGCUCUGGAAUAUCCUGGAGAAACCUGGAUCUUCCACAGCUGCCCGUAUCUUUGGGGUCAUCUCCAUUAUCUUCGUGGUGGUGUCCAUCAUUAACAUGGCCCUGAUGUCAGCUGAGUUAAGCUGGCUGGACCUGCAGCUGCUGGAAAUCCUGGAGUAUGUGUGCAUUAGCUGGUUCACUGGGGAGUUUGUCCUCCGCUUCCUGUGUGUGCGGGACAGGUGUCACUUCCUGAGAAAGGUGCCAAACAUCAUAGACCUCCUUGCCAUCUUGCCCUUCUACAUCACUCUUCUGGUAGAGAGCCUGAGUGGGAGCCAGACGACACAGGAGCUGGAGAACGUGGGGCGCAUUGUCCAGGUUUUGAGGCUGCUCAGGGCUCUGCGCAUGCUAAAGCUGGGCAGACAUUCCACAGGGUUACGCUCCCUUGGGAUGACAAUUACCCAGUGCUAUGAAGAAGUCGGCCUACUGCUCCUAUUUCUUUCCGUGGGAAUCUCUAUCUUUUCAACUGUAGAAUACUUUGCUGAGCAAAGCAUUCCUGACACAACCUUCACAAGUGUCCCUUGUGCAUGGUGGUGGGCCACCACCUCUAUGACCACUGUGGGAUAUGGGGACAUUAGACCAGACACCACCACAGGCAAAAUCGUGGCCUUCAUGUGUAUCUUAUCGGGAAUUCUUGUCUUGGCCUUGCCUAUUGCUAUUAUUAAUGAUCGCUUCUCUGCUUGCUACUUUACCUUGAAACUCAAGGAAGCAGCUGUUAGACAGCGUGAAGCCCUAAAGAAGCUUACCAAGAAUAUAGCUACUGACUCAUAUAUCAGCGUUAACUUGAGAGAUGUCUAUGCCCGGAGUAUCAUGGAGAUGCUUCGACUGAAAGGCAGAGAAAGAGCAAGUACCAGGAGCAGCGGGGGAGAUGAUUUCUGGUUUUGAAUUAAUUUUCAACUUAUUUACAAAAGCUAUGUACAAUUAACUAAAUUGAUAAAGCAAUGAUGUAGAUUUCUGUAUUCUGAUGAUGUGUCUCUUCGGAGCACUGCUCAUCUUAAUUAAUUUUUGCUGAUACAUUUCUUCGUCUACUAGAAUAUUCAUAUCACCUAUAACAACUGCACAAUGUACUGACAUAUCUGAGUGUCCAAAAUAGCCAAUUAACACAACCAAAUACAACUGGGCCAAUAUAAACAUGUUUGAAUUGUCAAAUAUAAAAUAAUAUUAUUGCAAUAUAUACAAAAUAGUUAGAUUUUAUUUAUCACUAAUUUUAGAAGUUUUUUGCACCACUGAUUUUUUUAAAAUGAAAGUUGAACUGCAUGGCCCAGAGAAAGAUAAGUGAAUAUUUAAGAACAUACUGAACAAUUUUGCUAUUUAAAGCUAUUAUCCAAGUACAUAAAUCACUCCUUUCUCUAUCAGUUUAAGCUAUUGAAUAUAAUAAUUACUUUGCAAGAGAAAACUCUUUUCUGAUGGGCAGAGAUUGUAUCCCUAUUUUCUUUUUCAUGCAAACCGCCAGUCACAAAUGAACUGAUCUCUAUAUCCCAUUAUUACUAUAAGAGGUGGGAAUCCCAAAACUCCUUAGAUUGCAGUACAUGAGUGUACACAAAGACUUGAACAAUUGCACAUCUUCAUUCUCCCAAAUUAGUAUAAUAUGUGGAGCAUAAAACAGCAUAUUUCUUAGUACUUCAUGAAAAUCAGAUGGUCUUUUAUGGAUGUACUGUUCACGUUAUGGUUUUAAAGUAAUGAAUAUGUAAAAGUGAGGUAGUAAACAUCCUAAAUUUACACAUUGAAAUUAUUAAAUAAUCUUAUUUCAUAAAAUGAGAAAUAUAUGUUGAAUGACAUCAAUGGACAAACUUGAAGACCUUUUAUUUAUUAAAAAAAUAUUAUGGACAGCUUUCCGGUUGUUGGGGUAAAUAGCAAAUGUUCAAACUUUGCAGGCAUUUUGACAGCAUUUUGACAUUUAUGAUAAUAAUACGAUUCCAAGACAUUCUGUUAUAUAAUUAAAGCCAAAACUGCCAAAGCUAAGAAUUA